CAGUCUCGACUGCGACCUUCCUCAAUGCUCAACCCCCACAUUUACUGACAUCGGCACAAAUUGAUCUUCAAGACCCGUUUUCUUAUCUUUAGUUUCUCCAACAUCAUCUGAAUCUAUCAUUCCUGCGUUCAUUUCCUGCGCCUCGUUAUCAUGUCCCUACAAUGAGCUUCCUCCCCCAAUUCGGCAAUCUGCCCCCCAUUCAAACUCGCAAGGCCUUGCUCCUCCUAGAUCUCCAAAAUGACUUUAUUCGCUCUACCGGGGCGCUUCAUGUCCCGAACACAGCCGACUUUUUGGAAGUGAUCCCCCAACUAGCCAGCACUUUCCGCCGCAAUGGAGACGUGGUUUGGGUGCGCUCCCAUGCCCAGUCCCAACAACCUCUAACCAGCCCAUCGGACGCCCAAGACCUCGUGGUCCUCGGUCGAGCAGACCAAACUUUACAACCACAGAGCGCCCUCGACGGCGAUAGCCAGGAUGGCGACGAAAGCAUGGAUGAGGAGGCCUUCCUCUCAGCCAAGCAACCUCGGUGCUGUCUGCCGCAGACGCCCGGGGCUAAGUUCCCCGCACCGGUAGUGGCUGCGAUAGACCCGGAGUCAGAUACCCUCAUCAUCAAAUCAGAAUACUCAGCCCUGAGAGACCAUAGCCUGAUUCUAUCUUUCCGCACGCGGUUCAUCACCGAACUCUACCUCUGCGGAUCUCUAUCCAACAUUUCGGUCUACGCCACCGCCCUCGACGCUGCACGACAUGGUUUCUCCGUUACCCUGAUCGAAGACUGUCUAGGGUACCGCAGUUUCCCACGCCACGAAGAAGCCAUGCGGCGCAUGGCAGACAUCUUCGGCGCGAGCGGGAUCACCACGCAGGAGCUCUUCGAAGAGCUCGACUGGGCGGAAACCGACGCAAUCGCGCGGGGUAGUAGCACGCACCGCCCCCUGCGCACGGUAACCCCAGCAGGAAUCGAGGGCGUAAUGGAAGGACUGGACUUUGGUGCGCAAUCGCGAUCGGCGACGAAGAAGGAAGCGAGCGCGGAGGCUCCCGCGGUGGGCGGGGGCCGGCGCCGCCGCAUCGAAGAUCUCAUGGCGGAGUUUUCCGAUCCCGAAAACCAGAGUCUACAGGAACUGGCGAGCUACACGCGCUCGCGCGUCCGGAAUGCGGCCUCGGAAGCGAAUACCCCCCAAGUUGGGGCCCAGAAGGCGCGCAUACGUGUCCGUCGUACAAAGAAACCGGAUGCCAAGAGCGAGGCGGGUUCGCGCACAGACCAGCCGCGGCGAAGUGACCGGGCGAGAAAACAAGAGGUGUAUAGGCCUGGGGAUGUCAUCGGGGAGGGCGACUCGCGGAUUGUGUAUGAUUUGGAGUUACCGGAGGAGGCUUUCGAGAAGAUACGCGAUGAAGUCGCUUGGCAGAAGAUGUAUCAUCUGUCAGGGCAGGUCCCUCGACUGGUGGCGGUGCAGGGGCGAGCCCUGGAUGACGGAUCUGUCCCCAUCUAUCGUCAUCCAGCGGACGAGUCGCCGCCCUUGCAGCCUUUUACUCCGACGGUGGACGCGGUGCGGUCUGUUGUUGAGCUUAUUCUCGGUCAUCCGCUCAACCACGCGCUGAUCCAAUUGUAUCGCGAUGGACAGGACAGGAUCUCGGAGCAUUCGGAUAAAACUUUGGAUAUCGUGCGCGGCUCGUCAAUCUGCAACGUCAGCCUCGGGGCGCAGCGGGUGAUGGUCCUGCGUACCAAGGGGAAGGAGUCCGAGGGCACAAGUGACGGUCGCCUCACGCAGCGUGUUCCCAUGCCGCACGAGUCGCUCUUCAUCCUGGGUGAGAAGACCAACAUGCGGUGGUUGCACGGUAUUCGACCCGAUAAACGCGCCAUUGAUGAAAAGUCGUCCGAGGAGCGAGCGUACGGCGGACAGCGAAUUUCGCUGACGUUUCGACACAUCGGCACUUAUCUCAGUCCGACCGAAGACGCGAUCUGGGGCCAAGGUGCAGUCGCCAAGACUCAGGACAGUGCCCGUCCAGUAAUUCAUGGCCACCCGGCGGAGACCGAGCGCAUGAUCCGGGCAUUCGGACAAGAGAACCACGCGACUGAUUUUGACUGGGACGGUGUCUACGGCGGGGGCUUCGAUGUUGUGAAUUUUGUGACGGCCACCACGGCCAAGCUUGUGCUGGGGCCGGACCCUGUGGCUAACUUCCGCAUCCGUCUGUGUUUGAAUGAAAACGGACUUCGCUACGAUGCCACACAUUCAGCAAGCACUUACCCCGACAAGCUGCCGGUGUUUAUUGAUGCCAAUGGGGCCGAGGUUGCCGGUGACACGAAUAUCAUGGCGCACCUGGCCAAACACGCGUUGGAGUUAGUGCGACCGGGGGUGGACGCACUGCGUGGCGGAAACCUCCUGUGCGAGAUCAACCAACUACUAGCCAGCUGCCGCGACCAGAAGAGCUCGACUGGUAAUAUUGAGUUGCUGAGCAGGUGGGAAGCGGCGCUUCGGGAACAACCGUUUGCCAGCGGCGCCGCCUUUGGAAUAGAUGAUUGUUCGCUCUUCCCUGUGCUUUGGGAAAUUCAGACGACCAACCCACUAUUGAUUGCGUCGUAUCCGAAUCUGAUGCAAUACUACAGUCGAGUGGAGAAGCGGGGAAUAGUGAAGACUACAUUGGAGGAGAUGGCAUAAAGGCACAAAUCCUGCAGACUUAUAGGGGCGGCUUUCGCUUAUGGGCUCAAGUGAUACAGUCAGAU